AUGGCCCCUGCCGCCUUUGCUGCAUCGCUCGCACAGCUCACGGGACUCGACAGCGACACGGCCAAGGAGCAGCUUCUGCCUCACCUCGAAUCGCUCCAGAGCCAGUCGGAAGUGCGCAACUACCUCGAUUCCCUCCUCGCACCCGGUCCCGCCGCGCAAUCUUUCAUCGCGUCCUACCUCGCCUACCGCUUCCCUUCCGCCCCUGCCGCCUCGACCACCGCCGCCGCCGCGAGCGGCACCUCGUCCUGGGCCAGCACGCCUGCGGGCUCGCGCGCGCCGAGCCCGUUCGGCACCACGAGCGGCGCACGCCCCCACGGCAAGGCGCGCAACGACAGCCCUGCAGGAGGGCGGGCGCCGAGCGUGCCGCGCGCGGCCGUCGCAGGAGGCGUGCAGGUGCGGGUGGCGCCGGCGCCGGCGCCGAGGGCGCAGCCUGCGGGCGCACAGGGCGGCAAGGGCAAGGGCAAGGGCAAGGGCAAGGAGGAGGCCGAGCCGGAGCUCGAGCUGUCGGAGGAGGCGGUCAAGGAGCUGCUCGAGAUCGGGAGGGAGCUCAAGGCGUUUGACGCGAGGGCGGCCGAGAAGGCCAAGAGGAGUUGCUUCUGCCAAGCCCGCCAGCACCCCCUCUCGCCCUACAUCCCCCUGUGCCCCUCCUGCGCCCUCGUCCUCUGCACCCUCAACAGCCCCGCCCUGCGUUGCCCCUCAUGCUUGCACUUUCCCCUCCUCUCGUCGGCCACGACCGCGUCGCACAUCGCCGCGCUCCAGUCGCGCCGCGAGGACCUCAUCGCGCGCGAGAAGCGCCGCGCCGCCGCCGCUCGCGAGCAGGACGCACGCGAGCGCGCCGCGAUCCGGUUCCCGACGCUCGGCAUGGACAUGGACGGGAUCCGGCGCGCGGAGCAGGCGCAGCGGAGCUACGCUGGGCACGCCGGCGGCGGGAGCGGCGGGCUCGCCGAGCGGAUCGAGCGCACGUUCGAGGAGCGGGCGGCGGCGAGCGCGAGGGAGCAGCAGCUGAGCAGGGCCCGGGGCGGUGCGGCGGCGCAGGGCGGUGCGGGAGGGAGGGUCCUCCGCCUCGACGGCAAGACGGGCAAGGUCAAAGUCCAGACCAAGGUGGUGCGCCCGGCGGCCAAGGGCAAGGGCUCGGUCGUCGCCGAGGAGACGACGGGCGUCAUCGCGCCCGACGAGCACGACGACGGCCUCGUGCCGUUCGUCGACGAGGACGACGACGGCGUGCGGGGCGAGCCGGCGCUGCGCUCCCGCAAGGGCGACGACCUCGCGCGCCUGUCGCGCCCGAGCGCCGAGGACGGGCGCGUCUUUGUCAACGUGACGCUUGACGAGGCCGACCGGCCGAUCUGGGCAGCGCAGGACGAGGCGUUCAUCAACGGCGGCGGCGGCGACGACGACGAGGAGGGGACGUUCGACGCCGGCGUCGCGUCGUCGGCGUUUGUCCAGCCCGCUCGGCCGGCCGUCCCGGGUGCGCCUGCGCCCAAGGAGGAGACAAAGAGCAAGAGGCGGCGCGGCGGCCAGGGUGCGGGCAAGGCGGCGGGCGAGACGUCGACGGCGGCGUAG